AUGUGUGAGGUGUAUAUAAAGGAAGAUAAUAGAUGGAUUCAGGAGCAAUGGGAUAUCAUUGUUGUGGGAUCUGGCCCGGGGGGUAUUAUUGGUGGAGAUUUGAUGCAGAGGCCGGGAUGGUUAAGAGGUACAAAUCUUACGAGAGUGGAUGUACCUGGACUUUACACAACAAUCUUUGGGGAUCCCAAUGCGGACAUUCUCAUGUGCGGUUCAGAUCAGGUAAAUGCUUAUGGGGGUUGUACGAUCGGAGGAGGUUCAGCCAUAAAUGCUGGACUAUUCUUUGAGCCUCCGGCCUCCGAUUGGGAUACGUAUUUCCCUGAGGAAUGGAACUCCCAGAACAUGGAUGCCGCUAUCCAGCGCUUAUACGACACACAACCUUCAACAAGCCUUACUUCUCAAGAUGGUAUCCGUUAUCUUCAAUCAGGAUAUAAUGCCGCCAGAAAAUGGCUAGUCGAAGGAUUAGGCUACAAAGAUGUGGAUAUCAAUGAUAAAGCCGAUGAUAAAACUGGUGUAUUCGGAUACCCAAACUUUUUCUAUUCCGAUGGUGAGAGAGGAGGUCCCGUCACUACUUAUCUCCAAUCUUCUCUUCAGCGCAGUAAUUUCCGUCUUCAACAUGGAGUUCGCGUAGUAAGAGUUGAGCGACAUGGUGAUACAGCUACGGGAGUCACAGCUCUAGUUAAUGGUGUCGAGACAUUUAUUUCGGUUACACCAACAGGAAGAGUAAUAUUGUCAGCAGGAGCUAUUAUCAGUCCUUCACUCCUCAUGCACUCUGGAAUCGGUGAUUUAGCAACCCUCUCUAGACUCAACUCCGCAGGAAAACUCUCCCCCAACCUCACAAGUGACGAAUGGAUAAUCAGCUCAGAGAUCGGAACCGGCCUAUUUGAUAACCCAAACACAUUCAUCGUACUCGAAGGCGACUCCAUCCAAUCCUACAAAUAUUCUUACGAGUCUCCCCCACCAGAAGACAGAGAUCUGUACCUAAAUUCCCGCAGCGGUCCCUACACCUUCGCAUCCGAAACCUCCGUCUUCUGGACCACCAUCUCGCACGCCGACGGCACCAAAGCCGGAGUCCAAGGCACCAUCGGAACAGCCGGUUACGCAGACUACACCUCCGAUCACAGCAUCACUUUGAACGUGUACGGUACAUCUGGACUCCUCUCCACGGGCUCCGUCAUCCUCGACGAUAACUUCAUUCCCGGUUCUAGCUCCAGCGUCUAUUACUCUCAUCCGCGCGACGCGCAGGAUAUAUCCCAAUUCAUCCACGAUAUAUUCGCUGCUCUUCCAGCCGCGGGUCUCACGCCCCUCAAUAUCCCGCAAAAUUCUACCCGCGAGGAAAUCGAAACAUAUAUUACCACUUGGUCCGCCUAUGCGCGCGGACAGGUGAAUCACUGGAGUAGUAGUUGUCGAUUGGGGAAAUGCGUAGAUGUAGAUACGAAGGUUGUAGGAACGACAAAUUUGCAUGUAGUUGAUGCGAGUAUUAUUGCGCCUGUGACGGUUAAUCCGCAGUUUGCGGUUAUGGCUGCGGCGGAGAAGGCGGCAGAGCUGAUUUUGAAGAGUGUGGGCGUGGAGUGUAAGUUCUGUGCUGCUGGUGGUGGUGAUGGGGGUGGGGAGGGGGAGGGCUUUGGGAGUUAUGGUGAGUAUGGAAAUUAUGCGGGUUAUGAGAAUUAUGAGAGGGAGGAUAUGUAA